AUGCCGUAUUUAAAGGAACCAAAAUUUCCGGAAACCACGUCCUUUUUGCUGGCGUUACAAUUAUUGCCGUUAAAGUUGUUAGCGCCGAAAGCGCCAUUUCCCGGCGCUAAUACGAACGCCGUACCCUUACGGGAAACCGCGCAAUUCAAUUUUGCGCUGGAUGCGUUUUUGGAUAACGGUUUAACGUUUGUAACGCGCAAAUUAUUCGGCCGAUAUGGUAUGGAAGGAUUUGGUUUUUUGGAUAGCUUUGCGGGCGCGAAAUUAAAUUUUGGUUUUGGGCCAUUUUUUAAAACCAUUUAA